AUGGCGAACGAGCGCCUGCGAGCUCUUGAGGAGGUCGAGAAGGAGAUCGCGAUGGUCUUGCAGUGUGCCGGCAACAUCGUGAUGGAACUUUCCAAAGACAAACACAACGCCAGUCUGCUGGACAGACAGCUGGUCCAGUUCCAGAGCUCAGUCAACCGAGUGGAGAGCGAAUUGAGCGGCCAGAUCCGUUACCUGACGCAGGUCGCCACCGGGCAACCGCACGAGGGCUCCACCUACUCGUCCCGGAAGGACUGUCAAAUGGCGCUCAACCGAGCAGAGUAUGCCAAAGUCAAACUGGGAGAACUGGGACGAACGUGCGAAGUCAUGUUGGAGCCGCCGCCUCCACUGUAG